ACGGAGGUGCGCCACGAACGUCAACAUUGACUGGCGUCUGGUGGCUGCCGUCCACACUAACUACACCCUGUCUCUACCUCCCACCAUCGUCGUCACCCCAUAAUUCACAACAAUAAAACCCUGUUGCUGAGGACAUCUAACUCUAUGAACCUGAGGAAUCUGGGACAACCAUGAAAAUAAAACGUUAUAAGAAAGCCCAAAGAAUAUUAGGAUUUUUCCAACACAACUUUAACCUGAGACCACCAUAUAAUGUUAUGCUGGAUGGCACAUUUUGUAGAGCUGCUUUAGAAGUUAAAGUAAAAAUCAAACAACAGAUUCCAAAAUAUUUAGGUGCUCAAACAAAAUUGGUCACUACACAAUGUAUCAUUUUGGAGGUGGAAAAGCUCAGCAAGAUGAGUUCAAGUUUAUAUGGAACAUGGAUGGUAGUAAAGCAGUUUCCUGUCCAUAAAUGUGGCCAUGAAGGUAACCCCAUUCCAGCUUCAUCAUGUAUAAAGUCACUUCUCAAGAAAGAAAACCCAGCUAAGUAUAUUGUAGCAUCACAAGAUGAGGAUCUUCGCCAGCAUAUUCAUGAGUGGGUGACUGGUGCACCUAUUAUAUAUCUUCAUCACAAGGCCCCUACUCUUGAGAAACCAACACAAAAAAACAAAGAUCUGGCAUUAAAAGCAAACAAGACACUGACAUCUUAUGAAGAAAGCAUUUUGAAGUCUUUCAAGCGCAAGUAUAUUGGAGAUGACGAUAAUCAGCCGCCAAAGAAGAAGAAGAAAACUUCAAAGAAUCCAAAUCCUUUAUCCUGUAAAAAGAGCAAGAAAGUAAAACCACAGCAACAGAAUGGAGGAGAGAGAAAAAGGAUGAGAAAACGGCACCGGAUGAAGAAAAAUGUGUGUAGGGAAUCUGUUUCAUCGAAUGUUCAAUAAAUUUGAAUAGAAUC